AUGGGCCAGCCUUCGAUACCGAGUCGACUAGGGGUCUUCCGACUCAAAGAAGCCGACACCGCCACAGGAUUUCUCAAUUCACGACGCGGCAAAAAGUACAUCUUCGCAGUGGCAGAGAAAUACCCUCUGAACCUAGACGACGCAUUACUGCUCAUCUACUUCCCAAUGUUACCGUACGGCUCAAGCGAAUCCCUCAUCUUCACAAGAAGCGAAUCCGAAAAGGGCUUUCAGCGAUACGCAAAGGUUCUCGCGAGGGGGGAUCCGCAAUUCGAGAUUGAGAUUCAGCGUUAUCCGGUGGGGGGACCUAUCGCACGCUUUCACUCGCUUGCUGACGUUCUUCUCCACCGCCAAGAGCGGAAGACCAUCGACGCCGUCAAGAUCGGGUUGAAGUUCCGGCGAAGCUGGGUUGGGUCGCCAGAGUUCACGGAGUGGAAAGAAGAGGACGGAAACCCCGUACUGUACAGGACCGAGGAUUUCAAGGUGUGGGACGACAGCAACUCGCAGGUUGUGAUGCUGUUUCACCACUUCAAUCUAGCCAAGAAGCCCUCUGGAGCGAGGUUUUCUAUAGACUUGAUGAGGAAAGAUGGCGUACUCGAUAAGUACCUCAUUUGCCAGGAGCACUUACUUCCGGUCCUCGCAAAGGCUGCGGUACAUGCCAUCUUGGCUUGGAAAUAUUGGACACACGAUCUACAGGAAGCUUCGCCGAUCCGGAGAGACGAAGAAGAAAAGUCCUAA